GGGCAGUUCUCUAUAACGCGGUCUCCGGGAGCCAGCGGGGAAGAAAGAAGCCGAGCGGGCGGAAGGCGCCCUCCCCGCCGCCUGGGCCCGGGCACCGGGUGCCGGGCCCGGGGUCCUUCCCGCCUCCCGCGGCCGGCGGCCGCUUUGUUUCCCCAGCCUCUUCGCCCUGGGCUACUCGAGAGGGGCUCCCGCCGGGGCUGCGCAGGGAACGCAGCGGCAGGAAGGGCGGCCGACCGCGCCGGGACUCGCAGGGACCCAGGAGUCCGGCCGCCGGGAGGGCCGCGUGACGAGAUCGAGGAGGGAGCCGGAGCUCCGCGGCCCGGGGUUGCGGGCCGGGGGCGCCCGUGAGCAGAGACCUCCCCGUCGAGGGGGGGCGAUGUUCCCCUCGCCCGUGGGCUCUUCGGGCAGCCAGGGCACACCGCCGCUGGGACCAGGGCCCCCGCAGUGGACACCCCCCCGGACGGUUCCAUGGAAACUCUGUGCCCCGCUCCCCGCCUCGCAGUGCCGGCGUCCCCGCGAGGGUCGCCCUGCUCCCCGACACCCCGGAAGCCGCGUCGGGGGACCCAAGAGUUCUCUCCGCUGUGCCUGCGUGCCCUUGCCUUCUGCGCCCUUGCCAAACCUCGGGCGUCCUCUCUGGGCCUGGGGCCUGGGGAGCUGGCGCCGCGGCCCCCGGUGCUGCUGGGCCCUCGCGCCCCCCUGUGCACCGGCGGCUGGGCCGCGGAUGGCCUGAAGCACCUCGCGGGCCCAGCUGGGCGGUCCAGCGAUCCGAACUCCCCCGCCGGUCAGGAUGCGGACGCCGCAGUGUGCCGGGGCCGCGGCGAGGAGGAAGAGGGCGGAGGCAGUUUCCCGCACUUCGGCUCGCACUUCGGCUCUCGCUCCGGCUUACCUCCCGGCCGCUGCCCAGCGCCCCUGCGCCCUCGGGAAUCUCCGACCAGCUCCGCCUCGGCUCCGCCUCGGCCCGCCUCGGGUCUCGACUUCCAGCCCGGCCCCGCCGCCAGCCCCCAUCAGGAGCCCGGUUCCCGGCCUCCGCCGCCACCUGCGGGCCUUUCCACCGAGCCCGCGGGUCCCGGGGCCGCACCCGAGCCGCCCGCGCCGGGCCAGACGGCCGCAGGCGAUGGAAGCCCCCCGCAGGCCGCCCCCGAGGCACCAGCCGCUAGCCCCUCGACGGCCAGCGGAGCUCCGGCCGCUCCCGGCGAUCUCCGCCAGGAACAUUUCGAUCGUCUGAUCCGCCGGUCGAAACUUUGGUGUUAUGCGAAGGGCUUCGCUCUCGACACUCCGAGUUUGCGCCGGGGGCCAGAGCGGCCGCCUGCCAAAGCGCCCGCCCGGGGAACCGCCAAGAAACGCCGGCGGCCGCCGCCCCCCCAUCGCAGCGCACAGCCCCGCCGCCCGGCACCGACGCUCCCUACCACGAGCACCUUCAGCCUGCUCGACUCCUUCCCCUGCCCCCCGGCCCUGGUGGUGGGGGAGGACGGAGACUUAGGGCCGGCAUCCUCGCUUCGCCUGCAGGGAGACUCUAAGCCCCCGCCCGCCCACCCGCUGUGGAGGUGGCAGAUAGGGGGUCCUGCUGUCCCUGAGCCCCCAGGCCUCAAAUCCUGGGGGAUCAACUUGGAGGAACUUUGAGCCUGAGACCUCUUCUGCCAAAGGGGAAAGGUUGGGGCCGCGGCCAAACUUUGGGCUCGAGGACGGGGCCUCCUUUCUCACAUUUGCCUAUUCCCUUUUAGGGACUGCGGUCAGAGGGACCUCAAAUGACAGUGAUCUUCAAGCACCUAACCGGUUGGGGUGACACCCCCUCCCCCUCAUCCUUUGGAGACGAACCAAGGGCUGGAGUCAGGAGAAGGCUUAACGGAAAAAGGCUUAAUGACAUAGAUUCCAAUCCCUCCCUUCUUCCAUCUCGGAUCUCUGGGGGCAGGGCCUUCACCCCACGGGGAGCAAAGGAGGCUACCGCUCAAAGACAAGGAAAAAAAAAAA